AUGCCUGUAAAUACGGUGCCACAGCCGCAGAAACGCGCCAAUAAGCGCACAUACGCACGCGUGCGUGCAACUGACCCACCGCCGUGUGCUUAUGUGCUUAUGUGCUCGCGUCGGCUCAUCGGCACAGCAUUUAUGUGCGAUUGCUGCAAAACGCCGCGAAAUCUGUACGACAUCACCGCGCACAAGCCGGCGCACAAGCCGGUGCCAAGCGAGCGCGAAGCGCGAAGCGCGCAGCGUAACGCAGCGGCUUGGCGCAGGCCAGGCCGAGAUGGCCACGUAGCUGGACACGCGCGGCUCGCAGAAACGAAGACGCACUCGAGAGCAGCCGUCCUUCAUCAAUUCUCGCCACGUUGUAGCUUAAAAGCGAUCGUGUGUAGGGCUCGGCGGCCGUGUGUCGCCGCCCACCGUGUACCACGUGCAAAUUUUGGUUUUUUACUGUUCGUUUUUGUAAGAAUGUACGGUUUCACAUUUCGUCCAGCAUGGGAUUUACGUCGCCUGCCAUCGCGGUUGCUUUCGCUUUGA